UAUUAAUUAAUAGUCCCGGUCGGGUGUAUUGUAUGUCUGUAUUAAUCCAUCAUCCUUCUCCCCCAAUCCCCUCUUCCCCUCUCAUUCAAUGCUUUACCCAACUCACCACCACCCUUUUCUCUUCUCAUUCAACCCUUUUUCCCACUCUUCUUUAUCCUCUCAUCCUCUUUCCUCUUCUCUUCAGCUUCAGGGAAUGGAGUGCGUGCAGGGGGCUUGGGUGAGCGGGUUCGGGUCCGAGAUGACACCAAAGACGGUCGCCUUUAUGGAUGACUUCUUUGCUGGCCCCAGCGCCGGCGCUUCCGGGGAGGACUUGUUUGUUGACCAACUCCUCGACUUCUCUAAUGACUUCUCCGAAACGGAAGAACAGACGCAGCAAGUGCAAGAACCGGAGGAGAACGAACAGGACAAGAAAAAGACUUGCUCUGUUUCACAAGAACAACAAUCACCGCCGGAGAAUAGUGCUAUUUCAGCAAAAGGCGAUUUUGGCUCUCUUCCUGAAAGUGAAUUAAGCGUUCCAGCGGAGGGCUUGGAGAGUUUGGAGUGGUUAUCUCAUUUCGUGGAAGACUCAUUUUCUGAUUACUCGCUCACCGGAAAAUUACCACCGAAACCGGCGGAGAAGCGACCGGAACCGGAGAAUACGGUCCAGGUACAACCCUGUUUCACAACUCCAAUUCAAACCAAGGCCCGAACCAAGAGGGCCCGAACAGGGGUCCGGGUUUGGCCGGUUUUGUCGCCUUCAUUUGCCGAGUCUUCCACCUCAUCCUCAUCUUCAACCUCCUCUACGACGUCGUUGUCGCCGCAGAAUCCCUGGGCGGUUCAGAGCCAGACCGGGGAGUCCUUUCUGGGAAAGCCGCUGGACAAGAAGCAUAGAAAGAAACCGGCUGACGCCUCCGCCGGCAGCGGGGGUGGGGCUGGGCAGCCUAGAAGAUGCAGCCAUUGUGGAGUGACGAAGACCCCGCAGUGGCGGGCCGGGCCGCUGGGUUCGAAAACACUUUGUAAUGCUUGUGGGGUGAGGUAUAAGUCGGGUCGGCUUCUACCCGAAUACAGACCCGCUUGCAGCCCGACUUUCUCGAGCGAGUUGCAUUCAAACAACCACCGGAAAGUUUUGGAGAUGCGGCGCAAAAAGGAAGUGGAGACGGAAGCAGCCGGUCUGGCCCCACCGGUCCAGAGUUUUUGAAGAGCCAUUCUAUUAAUUUUGGCAGCAGGCAGGUAGGAAAAGAAAAAGGAGUUUUAUUAGGGGAAGAGUUGUUUAAAUUAGGAGGGGUAUGAUGAUGAAAAUGUAGGAAGACAAGAAGCGGAGUGACUGAGGCCCACCCGGGUGAGGAUUGUUAGACUUAGGCCGGCGUGUACAUUCUUUGAAGGAGGGUUAGGUGAGGUAGGUUAGCAGCAGGGAGUGUAAUGUUGAAUGUAAGAGAAUUAAAAUCCUUAAUGUUUCCUUAAUUGUGUUAUUGCGUUUAAACUUGAAAAGGCGAUUGUGUGGGGGCGUUGAAAUUGAAAAGCUACGAGGAGGGAGGGGGUAAUAAGGUGGUGGGUGCACGCCAACACCACCAGCAUGUUGUUGAUGGCGUGAAGUCUAAGCACUUUGAGUUUGAUGGGAUUACACCUCUUUUUCCGGUUUAAUCAUUCAUCCGAUUUAUAUAUAUUUAUGGUUUAAUUGAACAA